UUUGGAGUUACCCUUUUUGACCACAGCGAGGCGCCAACGUAGACAGGAAACAGAACCAAAGCCAUAUGCACACCGACUGUGCAUUUGCCAUUGCCCUUCUCUGGGAAGAAAAUAAACAGGGAUCUGUCUGUAUCGUCAAAUAAAGAUGUCGUCAACGACGGGUGGUGGAGAGUUUGGGAACCCAUUGCGGAAGUUUAAGCUCGUGUUCCUUGGCGAGCAGAGUGUGGGCAAGACAUCGCUCAUCACCAGGUUUAUGUACGACAGCUUUGACAAUACCUAUCAGGCAACAAUUGGAAUAGACUUUCUAUCAAAAACAAUGUACCUUGAAGACCGUACGGUUCGGCUCCAGCUUUGGGACACUGCGGGGCAGGAGCGUUUCCGCAGCCUGAUUCCGAGCUACAUUCGAGACUCCACCAUCGCUGUUGUGGUCUAUGACAUUACCAAUUUAAAUUCAUUCCAGCAGACAUCAAAGUGGAUCGAUGAUGUCAGAACAGAGAGGGGAAGUGACGUCAUCAUCAUGUUAGUUGGAAACAAAACAGACUUGGCCGAUAAAAGGCAAGUGUCAGUAGAGGUGGCGGAGAAGAAGGCUCGGGAGCUCAAUGUGAUGUACAUAGAGACCAGCGCCAAGGCUGGCUAUAACGUCAAGCAGCUGUUCCGUCGGGUUGCUGCAGCCUUGCCAGGGAUGGACAGCACACCAGAGAAAAGCAAAGAGGACAUGAUCGACAUCAAACUGGAGAAGCCGCCAGAGCUGCCUGUCACGGAGAGCAGCUGCUCCUGCUAGUGCCCUCCCAGUCCCGCUCGCACCUCCUCCUCGCACCUCCUCUUGUUGCUUCUCCUCCUCUACUGGGCCUCUGUGUCUCCCACCAGACCAGGCUACUACAUCUCCUUCCCCCUCCCUCCUCCCUGGCUGUCUCUGGCCAUCCCCUCUAUAAGUUGUCCCUCCAUCUCCACCUCCUUCUCUAUCCAUGCGUCUCCCCUUCAUCAGCCAUGCCUCCUCUUGCUCCUCCGCCUCCUCCAGUGGGCCUGUGCCUCCUCCCCAUCGGACCUGCCUCCAUGUCGUUGAACACCUCCUCUCCCAAUAUCACCUCCACCACCCAAGGAGUCUCCCCACUGGUCAUUCUUCCUCCUCUUCCAACCCACUCCUCCCCACCAGCCCUUCCUCCUCCUCCUCCUCCUCCUCCAUAUCCACCAUCUCCAUGGCCCCCUCGUGUCUCCUCUCUCCAUCAACAGCUUGUCUCUCAGUGGCUAGUCACGACUCUCCUGGCUCUGUGCCCGACAUUGCCUGGAGAAAUCUUUUUUUGUUUUUUUGUCCUCCCCUCUUCAUCCACCUCAAACUUCAGUUUCUCCUCAUCCUCUUCGUCCUUGCCCCUCCUCUCCCCUUCCUUGACUCAGUGAUAUUUUUUUGGAGUAUCUGUGUGGAUGUGCUAUUACUCUGUAUUUAAAAAAAAUGAAAAAAAGUUAUAAGAAAAUAUUAGUAAUGGAUUUUAAAAAAAAAACACUGAGAAAAAAAACAUAACACAGCGUAGGUGGAAAUGCUAAAAGAUGUUGCGAUUUGUUUUGUUUUUUCAUCUCUAUUCCAACUGCAUGGCGUUCGUAUAGGAUUGCAGUCUGACCUAGCUCACUGCUCUUGAGUUUUUGCACUUUUUGGAGCAUUGGUGGUGUCACACUUUGUCGUUGUGAAAAGUCAUUUCAUUUUCUAGUAAUUUCAGUGACUCGGGAGAAAUGGAGAGACAAUGCCUUGCUUUUUAAAAAAAGUAAAAAAUUUCACUGAUUAGCAGAUCGUUAAAAAGGAAAAGCAAGUGAGAAAGGAAGGCUGGGGUAUAUUUCUCAAAAGAGAAGUUGUUAGCCUGUUAGCAACUUAGGUAGUUAACAAUGGGAAAAUGCAUUGAAAACAACAAAGUAGCUAAUGUAGUAAGCAACUUUGGUUUUGAGAAAUGCACCCCUGUAUUGCAAGCAGAUGUUACUGAUCACAGCUGCAAGCCAGUCAGAUGUAUAAAGCAUUCUGUGCAGUGCAAAUUUUGAAGUUUGUUUGUUUGUUGGUUUUUGUUUGUUUGUUUGUUUGGAAAUCUCUUAGACCUGUAACUUAAAACCAAUCAUACACAGCACACUCUUCAGGUCUAUUUAGAUAGUGGUUGAAGGGACCAGGGAUUAAUUGACCAGUGAUGACUGACUCCUGAUCAAUCACACCACUUUUCAUUAGACGUGCAUAACGUGUGAUUGACACCUGUGCAAAAAGAUCUAGAGACCAUCUCCUAAUAAUGUACAAAGACUUAUCCAGUUACCAUGUGCUGUUUGAUUAGGAAGGAAUAACCCCUUGGCAUUUUAUCAGAAAAGGGAAAUCCAUUCAUACAGUACUGUAUGGUUAACAGAGAGAGAGAGAGAGAAAAAAAAUGAUUCUGUAUAUCAAGCUCAGAACUAUCUUAACUUAAUCCGUGUGUCUCUUUCUCACAACGUGCUGUGAGAAAUGGGAAGGUUGGAUUUGUGUUCACAAAGGAUGUCCAGUGAUUAACCCUUUACUGCAGUGUGUUCCGGUGAACCUCCCAUUUAAACCAGUGGUUCUGUGCAGCCAGUUGUAACUGUGGAGAGCCCUGUGUGUGUGUGCAUGUAUGUGUGUAUGAGGACAGGCAGGGGGCAGCAUUGUGUCAUGGGGCCAGAAGGAGUUAGUCCCUUACACAUUCUGUACAUGUACAGUAUGUCUGGUUGGUCCAGCACCCAUUGACUACCAGUUUGUUUCAUUUUGUUUGUUUUUGUUUUGUUUUAUUACACUGGUAACGGAAAGGCAUGUAAGACCUAAAAGUGGUUGCUUCUUUUUUUUCCUUUUUUCCUUUUUUAAAGAUAAUUGUUACACUAAGUCAGUGGUGAUGAAUCGGUGUUUGUAAAAGGGCCUGUCGACUUGCCUGGAACUGUGGCUGCAGCGCAGAUGUUCCAAAACGCCUCAUAUGCAGCAGUUGCUUCAGUGUAGUUAAACAUAAGAAAUAAAUGUAAAAUAAAUAAAAGUUAAAAACGACAUAAAAAAUGCAAAACGAGCAAAAAAGCACAGAGUAGUCCGGCAUUUUGUUGCUUAUGCUUGUACGAGACUGUUUGGUUUUAAAUAUCUUUAUUUAUUUUUAUUUUUACUGGCAAAAGAUCAGUACGUUGUACGCUUGACCAAAAUCGACAGUUGGAUGGCACGUUCAGAGUUAGCCGUUUUUAUUUAUUCUUUGCGUGUCUGCUUGGAUAUCUGUAUCUCGAAGAGAAGGGUUUCUUGUAACUAUAGUCACAUCAAUUAAGAAGAAAAAUAAAACUUUCCCUACUGUAAUGGUAGUAUCUUUCACAUUUACAAAUGUUAGUCUGAAUUUGGCAGUUGUUGUUCAUCACCUACACACACACACACACAAACACACUCACACCAACACAACCACCACUGCACCACAAGUCUUCUGAGCACACACACAAAAAUGACACAGAUACACAGAUACUAUUACCACUGCUCCAUCAUGCACACCCAAGCAACAUGAGUACUCGUCACUAUCCUCUCUGUAUCUGGUUUGACAAUGUUAACAUUUGAUGACUUUCAAACAAAAAAAUUGUAACGGUAAUCAAUUUACAUGGAAUUUACCAGUCUAUUUGUCACUGACUGAUUGAUGACACAGCUGCGUGCUAAUCUGAACUGUGUAUUUGAGAUAUGCUGUCUACUAGUCUCUUUAGCAAAGUUUGUGUGAAUAAUGUACUAUUAUUCUCUGCUGUAAAAAAGUAAAAAACACCGAAGUGUAUCACAUGAAAUAAAGAUAUUUCACCAAAAUAUAA